UAUUGGCAUGACACUAGUUUAAGACCGAAACUCGUGCACGGCUUGAGAUUUUAAACCAUGAGUGAUAUACAACAAUCUGUUGCCACACAGAAUAAAUAAUGAUUGUGAGCGACUCAUGCUAUUGGCUUUGUGGACUGGAAGCUCUUUUAAAAAAAUUAGACUUAAAGUUUUCACUUUUUAAUACUUACAACAAUCAAGAAAUUUACAUUCAAGUUGUUUUCAUCAAUAAGUUAGCGAUGGUUUGCAAUCUCACAUCGUUCCCGGCGACACAGUCGAAACAUAUUGUUUUGAUGAAUUACCGAACUUGAUGCUCUUUGGCACAACUAAUUUAUCCUGUAUCACUUUAGAAUUACCUUAAUUAAGCCAAUCAAAUUGACCUUUUUACCAAUCAAAAGAAACUUUGUGAAUCCCCUACAUAAAUUUGGAGGAGAGGAAGAUAUGACUUCUAAGUGUGCAUAAGUUGUGCUCCAGAGGUAAGAUUUACUUGGCAUGCGAACUAGAGGGAAGACCAUCUACCUAUUAUCAAAAAACAAAAAAAAAUAUUUCAACUCUAAACUAGCCAAAAUAAAUGAAAUCAAACUUGAUUUAUCACAAGGCCCACCUAAUGAACUUAUUGACACAAAAAUUGGACUCCAAUUACGCCCCAAUUAACAUAAAUGAUGGCUUGGUUCAACUCUUGUUGGGAUUGAUUUGUGUAUUAAUAGAAAAAUUUUCUUAGAAAUAUUUACAAGUCUGAGCAAUUAGUGUUAUAUGUUUAAGGAGUUCUAGGACACAGGCUCAACUAACAAUUAGGAUUAGUAAUGUUACUGUGAGGAGAGAUGGAGGACAGGAAAUUAUGUAAUUAGAGUUGUUAUAAUGAAUUGGUGAUAUUGACCUCAGUUGAGCUCAGUGGUCAAUAGAUCACAUAACUAAUUUAGCUGGGACCUUUCCUUAUAUCCUGGUUACAUUAACAUUAGCACUUAAGUUUCUUGUUUUAUUGUGAUCUUUUAGUUUUCCUGUCAUCUUUUUUGUUCGUAGAACAUUUGAGAAAGAUAUUUGGUAUUGUUUACAAUCUCUCUAUGCAGUUAUACCUUUGGACAUAAAACAAACUAUUCAAGUUGAUAAGGAUCUUGAGAUACGUGCCUAUUAUGCUGGACAUGUCCUUGGAGCUGCAAUGAUUUAUGCAAAAGUUGGAGAAAGCACUAUUUUGUACACAGGGGAUUACAAUAUGACACCAGAUCGACAUCUUGGAGCUGCUCAAAUCGAUCGUUUACAGCUAGAUCUUGUUAUAACUGAAUCCACCUAUGCAACAACUAUUCGCGACUCAAAAUAUGCUCGAGAAAGAGAGUUCUUAAAGGCGGUUCACAAAUGUGUUGCUGGAGGAGGAAAAGUUCUCAUCCCAACAUUUGCCUUGGGGAGAGCACAGGAACUUUGCAUUUUAUUGGAUGAUUACUGGGAACGAAUGAAGUUAAAGGUCCCCAUCUACUUCUCUGCUGGUUUGACAAUUCAAGCAAAUAUGUAUUAUAAGAUGUUUAUUGGAUGGGCAAGCCAAAAGAUCAAAGACACUUCAUCAGUGCGCAAUACAUAUGACUUCAAACAUGUGUGUCCUUUGGACCGAUCUCUUGUUAAUGCACCUGGACCUUGUGUUCUCUUUGCGACACCUGGGAUGAUUAGUGGAGGAUUUUCCCUCGAGGUUUUUAAGCAGUGGGCUCCAUCUGAGCUAAAUUUGGUCACACUUCCUGGAUACUGUGUUGCAGGGACCAUAGGGCAUAAACUGAUGUCGGGAAAGCCAACCAAAGUAGAUUUGGACAAAGAAACCCAGAUCGAUGUUAGAUGCCAGAUCCAUCAACUAUCUUUCAGUCCUCACACGGAUGCUAAAGGGAUCAUGGAUCUUAUUGGAUUCCUCUCUCCUAAACAUGUGAUGCUUGUACAUGGUGAAAAGCCGAAGAUGGCCUCACUACGAGAAAGAAUUCAAUCUGAGCUGCGGAUACCAUGCUGUUAUCCAGCCAACAACGAAAUAGUGCUGAUUCCUACCACCCCUAGUGUCAAAGUAGGUGCCACAAAGAAGUUCAUCCGCAGGUGUUCUACUUCCGCACUUGGUAAAACAGAUGACAAGCUGCUCAUUUCAUGCUCGACUUCCAAUGAAGCUUCAGGUGCCCAAGGCAUCCUCGUGAUGGAGAAAACUAAAACCGCAAAGAUCAUCGAUGAGGAUGAGCUUGUACAUACUCUCGGACUAGAAGAACAUAAAGUACUAUAUGCCCUUUGCUGCCCUGUGGAAUUCAGUACCAUGGAGCUGGCAACAAACGAAGCAAAUAUCAUCUCACUUUGUGAGAGUUCUCUCAUGGUGGUGGAUGUGCCAACGAGUUCGACUACAGAAGAUGUAAAUUCUGCAGAAAAUCGCAGUUCCCUUCAUAGUUUGCUGGUGAAAUUUAGAGCAAAAAUAGACUGUACGAACAUUCAAGUUGCUCCAGCUCAUCUGCAGCUGCGCUCCUUCCAUGUUAGUGUUUGUUCGAACGAAGAUUGUAAAUAUAGGAUGAAGAACAAGAAUGACAUUCCCAAGUCGAUGGUAUAUUUCUGCUGCAGAUGGUCACCGGUGGAUGACAAGUUUGCGAGGGAGCUGCUUCAGAUUAUGGAGCAGUUGAACUCAUCAUGCUGAUGUCGAUUUCAAUCCUUCAUUAUGUUUUUAUCAGCUUAUUUAGUUAAAGAGUUUCUGUUAGUACAAUGUUUCACACACUUUCUAUGUCAACACUAACUAAUAGCAGCCUCAUGUUUUGCUUUUCACCCUAAUUCUUAUGAGAAUUUAUUUGUAAAAGGGAAAUUACAUUUUUGUAAAAGGGAAAUUACAUUUUC